AUAACGGAUCCAUUAGCUCUUCGUCGGCCAUCGGUUCUCUUACGAGCAGCUCUCAGUCGGUAUCGUCGGCCACAGCCAUGACAUCCGUGUCGGCCAAACAGUUAUCAUCGGUCGACGGCGACGGCAAUGGCUAUGACGUGACCCGCGGUUGCGAUCCGAGCCUAACAACAAUGAGCGGCGCCUCCCGUCAGAGCCUCCCCGAGAGUGGCGUCUGUUUUGACACCCUUUCCCUGCCGUCCGUCCAAAGUAUGUCCAACAGUUCGCUAACAGAUAUCUCACCGUUAGAGCCCAUCACCGACUUUGGCGGCACCGGUAGUGCCAGUAAUGGCCGAUAUUUAACUAUAGUUGAUAGACAUGUCGUAGACUGUAAUAAUCAUGAUGGUAACAAUAAUGGCAGUAAUGUUUUUUCUAUGGAUAUGACUAGCAAUGCGAGAAUGCAUUAUAAUAGGGUUGCCACCAAUAAUGAUCAUUCAGACAUCGAUGGUUUAGUUGAUAAUCGUAUACAACAACACAAUGUGGCCAACGAUGAAAUCAAUGACGCGGCUAUGAAUCUAAUCAUGUCUAUUUUGGAGUCGGAGUCCGGAGAACUAGGUGAACAGGUUGAUUUGACCGACGGU